CCUUCUUGUACCGUUCCCCUUCUCAUCAUCGCGAAAUUCCAAAACGGUCUGCAGUUCCCAAUUCUCUACCCUCUUCCUCCCCUCCUCCUCGCUGCCUGCGUAGCAUUCAUGGACUCUUCGACUGUCCCUUCUCUCAAUUCCCCGUCUCUCCUGCUUCUCCGCCUCCCUAUCAUGCCCCCGCAGCUGACACUCCCUUUCCCCUCUUCAUGCUGAUUGUCAUCAUGCCCUGGAUCCCAUCAAUCGGACUCGCUUUGGAGUUGUCAUGAAUCCACUUGCCUUGCAGCCCUUCUAGUGUGUGGACUUCCCUCAGUCGCGGUUACUUCGCCCUUGGACUGUUAUGUCAGUGCGCAGUUUGUGAGGAUUGUGUCCAUAGGUGGUGUGUGAUAAGGGAGAAAACAAAAAAGAAAAAAAGAUAAAAAAGAAAAGAAAAACAAAACGGCUUGCUUUGGAAUGCAAUUGCGGUCACCCAAGGAGUCUUUGUGGUGGACGUCGUGGUGGUGUUUGCGGUGGAUGAGGCCGGGUAGUGUAUAGACCUUCGUGGGUGCGAAUCCAGGCUCAGGUUCCUUUAGUGCGAGUGCUUAGUUAGAGCAGAUGAAUUUGGGAACUAGUUGAAGUGGAUUUUCCGGCUCACCUGUGCGUGCAUAAUUGAGAAACGUAGCAGCAGCAGCCGUCGACUAUUUCUCGACCUUGUGUUCUGGAGUGGGUGAUCUUGAGAGAAGCCUUACGUAUUCGUUUCUUUAUUUGUUUCUCUGUCUUUGGUUAGUUUCCUUUGGAGCCCCUCUAUGUUUUGCGUUGCAUGUCCGAGCGCUUCUUGACAUAUCACCUGGAAUCUUCUUGAACCUCAAAGACGAUCUCCCCGGAAUUUGUUGCAGUCUUCUCCUGCCACUAUCUUGGCGCCGAUCUCGUCUUCUCUGUCUGCCAAAUUUCGAUCCCUCUCUCUUCUUUGCCCUCUUCAUCUUUACCUUCCCGAUCUUUCAGCUCUUUAGCACUUCCGAGUUGUCUUGCUCGCCCUCUCUAUUUCGUCUCCCUCAGAUUUAUUGGGAGCCGGUCUCUUUUUUCUUGGUUUUGGCGUGUGGAUAAUUUCCUGUGAAGCUCCUCUACCCAUUCUGUGCUCUUACAAUUCAAGGUGCUUAGAGCGUUGAGUGUGAAAACCCUACUGAUAUAGAACAUCAACCGUACUCCCGGAACCAUGGCAGUGCAAGCGCAGUACCCAUCCAAUGUGAUAUUGCCAGAUUACUGCAACAGGGCCAGUCAGACAUUUGCGGGAAACAGCAGAAGUUUCUUUUUGCCCAUGAACUUCACCUCGGCCUCUUUUCUGGAUGAAAUUCAAAUCCAGCCUCAGUCACAGCCUCAAUCUAUCAUGGGAGUUUCCGACCCGCUGCGCAUGUUCAACCAAUUGUCUGCAGUAGCUGACCUAAGCCACGAUGUUCAAGCAGCUCCAGUAAUCAACAGCAAUGUAAUGUACACCAAGGCUGAGAACGACUUAACAUGCAACUUGGUGGCUUCACGCAAGCGAGCUAGAGAAGAGGACGAUGUCCUGGUGAAUUCUCGGCAACAGCAGCAACAGAUGCUAAGCAUGGAGUACCAUCAAAAUCAUGUGCCGAUAUCUGUUGUUACACAGACUACUGGUGUAUCGACUGGCCUGCGGCUGGCAUUUGAGGAGGACCGCUUAAACUCCACCUCCUCUGCCUCCACAAGCGGCAGAGAUGUAUCUACCUCUUUCAUGGCUGUUAUGGGCGAAGAUAUCAGCACACACUUACAGCAACAACGAGAGGAAGUCGAGCAAUUCUUUAAGCUUCAGAGCGAGCAAAUACGACAUCAACUCGAAGAGAAAAGUCAACGACACUCACGAGCCCUAAUCGGAGCAAUCGAGGAUGCCGUUUUACGGAGACUUCACGAGAAAGACCUCGAAAUCGAGAAAUUUAAGAGGCAAAAUCAGGAACUUGUGAAGCACGCAGAGCAGCUCACAGUGGAGACUCAUCAUUGGCAGGCGAAGACUAAGGCCACAGAAGCGCUUGUGACUGCCUUGAGGACAAACCUCCAGCAAGCACAGGCAGCAGUAGCAUUCAGCCGAGAGCAGAGCAAGGAGGGAUGUGGAGACAGCGAAGCAGAUGAUGCUGCUUCGUCUCACCAUGGAGACACUGAGGAUGUACAUGCUCGUACGUACAGGGAAAAUCGGGAGCUUCGUGAGCAGAGGACUUGCAGGUCAUGCCGGUGCAAUGACGUAUCUAUUCUUCUUCUGCCAUGUCGGCACCUUUGCCUCUGCAAGGACUGUGAAGCUCGCUUGGAUGCAUGCCCUCUUUGCCAGACUCUUAAGAAUGCCAGUGUCCAAGUUUAUAUGUCAUGACAAAGACGAGGACAAGCGGAUAUUUAGACUUUGGAAUUUUGAGUUUCCGAGAGUGGAGUAUACAAUCAACCAGGUCAUUCAGAGGUGGUCAUAGCUAAAUGUCAUCCCCUGAUCAAGACUCACCGGUGUGUGUGCACGUGCAUCACGAUUUCCCUUUUUUCCGUCACAGCCGGAUGACUCUAGUAGCGCAGGUGUAAGUCUCUGCACAUUUUUCUAUGACCAUUUUCCACACCAUGGCAGCAGCGCUAGAGAUACCCCAUCUCUCUGUACAUGAAGUUAUUCAUCGUAGGAAUUUUGUAAACAUGACGUUUGUGUAUAAUGUUUAACAUGGUGGUUGGGCUUUACCCUCCAUUCUAAUUUUUAUAUCUCAAAAUUGAUUUCUCA